AUACAGUAGGAGCUUGUUGUUUAUCCAUUCCAUAUAUAAUAGCUUACAUCUGCUAACCCCAGCAUCCCACUCCAACUCUCCCCCAAUCCCCUCCCCCUUGGCAACCACAAGUCUGUUCUCUAUGUCUGUGAGUCUGUUUCUGUUUCAUAGAUAGAUUCACUUGUCUCAUCUUUUAGAUUCCACAUAUAAGUGAUAUUAUAUGGUAUUUGCCUUUCUCUUUCUGUCUUCACUUAGUGUGAUAAUCUCUAGUUGCAUCCAUGUUGCUGCAAAUGGCAUUAUUUUGUUCUUUUUUAUGGCUGAGUAGAAUUCCAUUGUAUAUAUACCACAUCUUCUUUAUCCAUUCCUCCUGUCGAUGGACAUUUAGGUUGUUUCCAUGUCUUGGCUAUUGUGAAUAGUGCUGCUAUGGACAUAUGAACUCUUUGGAUUAGAGUUUUGUCUGGAUACAUGCCCAAGAGUGUGAUUGCUGGAUCAUAUGGUAAUUCUGUUUUUAGUUUUCAGAGGAACCUCCAUACUGUUUUCCACAGUGGCUGCACCAACUUACAUUCCCACCAACAGUGCAAGAGUGUUCCCUUUUCUCCACAUCCUCUUCAGCAUUUGUUACUUGUGGAGUUUUUAAUGAUGGCCAUUCUGACUGGUGUGAAGUGAUAUCUCAUUGUAGUUUUGAUUUGCAUUUCUCUAAUAACUAGUGAUGUUGAGCAUCUUUUCAUGUGCCUAUUGGCCAUUUGUAUUCCUUCUUUAGAGAAAUGUCUAUUUAGGUCUUCUGUACAUUUUUUUGAUUGGGUUGUUUGUUUCUUUAUUGUCAAGUUCUAUGAGCUGUUUGUAUGUUUUGGAAGUUAAGCCCUGUCAGUCGCAUCAUUUGCAAAUGUUUUCUCCCAUUCUGUAGGUUGUCUUUUCGGGUUUUUUUUAUGGUUUUCUGUGCUCUGCAAAAGCUUGUAAGUUUAAUUAGGUCCUAUUUGUUUAUUCUUGUUUUUAUUUCUAUUGCCUUGGAGACUGACCUAAGAAAACAUUUGUACGAUUUAUGUCAGAGAAUGUUUUGCCUAUGAUCUCUUCUAGGAGAGAUGUCUUAUGUUUAAGUCUUUAAGCCAUUUUGAAUUUAUUUUUGUGCAUGUUGAGAGGGUGUGUUCUAACUUCAUUGAUUUACAUGCGGCUGUCCAACUUUCCCAACACCACUUGCUGAAGAGACUUUUUCUCCAUUGUGUAUUUUUGCCUCCUUUGUUGAAGACUAAUUGACCGUAGGUGUGGGGGUCUUAUAAUUAAUUUUAACAUUUUUGUCAUUUCCAAAAGAAACCCUGUUCUCAUUAGGAGUUGCUUUCUGUUUCUCCCCAAUUCACUCCCCUCUCUACCCUAACCAAAAGCUAAUUACUUUCCAUCCCUGAAGACUUGUCUAUUCUGGACAUUUUAUAUAAAUGGAAUUAUAAAAUACAUGGUUUCUUUCACUUAGCAGAAUGUUUUCAAGGUUCAUCCAUAUCAUAGUAUGUAACAGUACUUCAUUCCUUUUUAUCCUUGAAUAAUAUUUCAUUGUUUUUUAUUUAUCCACACAUCAGUUGAUAGACAUUUGAGUUGUUUCCCCUUCUUGGCCAUUAUGAAUAAUGCUUCUUUGAACAUUCGUGUACAAGUUUUUGUGUGGACAUGUUUUCAUUUCUCUUGAGUAUGUGUACCAUACCCAGGAGUAGAAUUGCUGGGUUGUAUGGUAAUUCUAUGUUUAACAUUUUGAGAACUGCCUGACUGUUUUCCAAAGCAGCUGCACCAAUUUACAUUCCCACCAGCACUGUACAAAUGUUCCAGUUUCUCCAUAUCUUUGCCAAUACUUAUUAUUGUCUUUUUUAUUAUAGCCAUCCUAGUAUCUUGUGGUUCUGAUUUGCAUUUCCCUGAUACUUAAUGAUGUUGAGUAUCACUUCAUGGGCUUUUUGGACAUUUGUGUAUCUUCUUCGGAGAAAUGUCUAUUCAUAUUCUUUGCCCAUUUCAAAGUUAUUUGUCCUUUUAUUAUUGACUUGUAAGAGUUCUUUAUAUAUCUAGUUCAGGUCCCUUAUCAGAAAUAUGGGAGAUAGGGCUUCCCUGGUGGCGCAGUGGUUGAGAGUCCGCCUGCCAAUGCAGGGGACACGGGUUCGUGUCCCGGUCCGGGAGGAUCCCACAUGCCGCGGAGCGGCUGGGCCCGUGAGCCAUGGCCACUGAGCCUGCGCGUCCGGAGCCUGUGCUCCGCAACGGGAGAGGCCACAACAGUGAGAGGCCCGCAAAAAAAAAAAAAAAAAAAAGAAAUAUGGGAGAUAUAUUUUCUUCCAUUCUGUCAGUUGUCUUUUCACUUUGUUGAUGGUAUCUUUUGAAGCAGAGAAAGGUUUUUAAUUUUGAUGAAGUCCGGUUUAUUUUCUCCUUGCUUGUGUUUUUAUUGCUUAUGCUGCUUUUAGUGUUAUUUCUGAGAAAUCCUAAGAAGACCUAGCUCUGGGCCUUGAGGAUUUACUCCUGUACUUUCUUCUAAGAGUUUUAUAGUUCUAGCUGUUACAUUUAGAUCUGUGAUUCAUUUUGAGUUGAUUUUUGUAUAAGUGUGAGGAAGGAGUCCACUUCAUUCUUCUACAUAUGAAUAUCCAGUUAUCCCAAAGCCAUUUGUUGAAAGACUUUUUAACCCUCAUUUAAUUGUAUUGGCUAGUUCUUAGAUCCUUUUGCAGAUCCACAAACCCAGCUCUAGGGAAGGGUGCAAAGUUAAAAGUCAGAUAGGACACCAAAAAGGUGGAGAGGCCACAUUAUUUAUUUAUUUAUUUUUGGCUGUGUUGGGUCUUCAUCGCUGCACAUGGGCUUUCUCUAGUUGAGGCGAUGGGGGCUACUCUUCAUUGUGGUGUGCGGGCUUCUCAUUGCGGUGGUUUCUCUUGUUGUGGAACACGGGCUCUAGGCACACAGGCUUCAGUAGUUGUGACACACGGGCUCAGUAGUUGUGGCUUGCAGGCUCUCGAGCGCAGGCUCAGUAGUUGUGGCACACAGGCUUAGUUGCUCUGUGGCAUGUGGGAUCUUCCCAGACCAGGGAUCAAACCCGUGUCUCCUGCAUUGGCAGGCGGAUUCUUAACCGCUGUGCCACCAGUGAAGUCCCCACAUUGAUUUUUAAGUUGAGCCUUGAUUCCUUGUUACUACUGCACAUUAGUUACCUAUUCUAUUGCUGUGUAACAAAUUACCCCCCAACUCAGUGGCCUAAAACAACAAAAGUUCUCUAGGUCAUGAAUUUGAGAGACUUAGCUAUGUAGUUCUGGCUCAGGAUCUCUCAUGAAAUCAGUCAAGAUGUCAGUUGGUACUACAGUCAAAUCAAGGCUUUCUUAGGGAUGAAGGAUCUGCUUCUAAGGUGGCUCCUUCACGUGGCUGUUGGCAGAAAGCCUCGGUUCCUUACCACAGAAACCUCUCCAUAAGGUUCGUUGAAGUGCCCUCGGGAUGUGGCAGCUGGCUUUCCCCAGAUCUAGUGAUCUAAGAGAGAGAGUAGGGAGGAAGCUGAAGUGCUUUUAUGACCUAGUCUUGGCCAUUACAAAUUGUCACUUCUGCCUUGCUGUUUUCGUUAGAAUUGAGUCCCAGAAUCCAGCUCACAGGGCUGGAGAAUUAGGCAGUGCUUUUUGAAAGUAAUAGCAAAGAAUUUGUGGACAUAUUUUAAACUAUCUCAUAUACUUGUCAGUUUUAUUAAAAGUUUUAUUAAUUCCAAACAGCUUAUGUUCUUUCAUACUAUAUGCCCAUUAUCGCUUAAUAAAAUUAGAUGAUCUCCAAGUCAUUCAUUUCUUUUUCUUUUUCCUGUUGUUGUUGUUGUUAUUGUUUUAAUGUCCUUGAUGUUUCUAAUAUAACCAGUCAGUGCAUUUUAGGAUCAAAACAAAGUAGAGGAGUAUGUAUCAGAAUGUUAUAUCAGCAAAUAUGACAAAGAAAUAACAUGAUUUCUAAAAUGAAAUAAGUACAGGAAUAUUUCCUCCUUUAUAAAUCCCUAAGUCCUCACAGCCAUUUUUCCAGUUCCUAGAAAGCAACACUUGAGUAGUUAUCUUUGAAGCUGUCUUUGAAUACUUCCAUGAACCUGCGUACUAGCUGACUGAAGUUUUGAUCACUCCUAACUCAAGAAACAUUUAAAAAUUAGCCAUUAAUUCUGAACCCAUUUUAAUACUUUACUUUGUAACUUUGGUUCCUCCUGCAGACUUUUUUUGUAGGUGAUGAUUUUACAUGACUUUGGAAUUUGCCUCUAGUGGGACGCUGUGGGAGGAUGAACACAGAAGAGCUGGAGUUAUUGAGUGACUCCAAAUACAGAAACUAUGUAGCUGCAAUUGAUAAAGCACUAAAGAAUUUUGAAUACUCCAGUGAAUGGGCAGAUUUGAUAUCGGCACUUGGAAAACUUAAUAAGGUUUUACAAAAUAAUGCAAAGUACCAAGUGGUACCCAAAAAGCUGACCAUAGGCAAACGCCUAGCUCAAUGUCUACAUCCAGCAUUACCAGGUGGAGUUCAUCGGAAGGCACUUGAAACAUAUGAAAUUAUCUUCAAAAUCAUUGGACCUAAGCGACUUGCCAAAGAUCUUUUUUUAUAUAGUUCUGGACUAUUUCCUCUUCUUGCAAAUGCUGCCAUGUCGGUGAAACCAACAUUGCUAAGUUUGUAUGAGAUAUAUUAUCUGCCUUUGGGUAAAACACUGAAGCCUGGUCUACAAGGAUUGCUAACUGGUAUUCUUCCUGGCUUAGAAGAAGGAUCAGAGUACUAUGAGAGAACAAACACAUUAUUGGAAAAGGUUGCUACUGCAGUGGACCAGUCGGCAUUCUACAGUGCCCUCUGGGGUAGCCUUCUAACCAGUCCUGCUGUGCGUUUACCUGGAAUCACGUAUGUUCUUGCCCAUUUGAACAGGAAGCUUUCCAUGGAAGAUCAGCUUUAUAUAAUUGGCAGUGAUAUCGAGCUAAUGGUAGAAGCGGUAAGCACUUCGGUGCAGGAUUCAAGUGUACUGGUACAGAGAAGCACACUGGACCUCAUACUCUUCUGUUUUCCAUUCCACAUGAGUCAGGCCACUCGACCAGACAUGAUAAGGAUCUUGUCAGCAGCCCUGCACGUAGUAUUAAGGAGGGAUAUGUCCCUGAACCGAAGACUUUAUGCCUGGCUUCUCGGUUUUGAUAACAACGGUGCUAUCAUAGGACCCAGAAGCACAAGACACAGCAAUCCUGAAGAACACGCUACUUACUAUUUCACUACCUUUUCAAAAGAGUUGUUGGUUCAGGCAAUGGUGGGGAUCUUACAAGUGAAUGGAUUUGGAGAAGAGAGCACUUUAAUGCAGGAUCUAAAACCUUUUCGUAUUUUAAUCAGUUUACUGGACAAACCUGAGCUAGGACCUGUAAUUCUAGAAGACGUCCUCAUUGAAGUGUUUAGAACAUUAUAUUCUCAGUGUAAAGCAGAAUUGGAUCUUCAGAUGGAACCACCCUUCAGCAAGGAUCAUGCUCAGUUAAGCAGUAAAUUAAGGGAAAAUAAGAAAACAGCAGAACUGAUUAAAACUGCCAACCUUCUCUUUAAUUCCUUUGAGCCUUAUUAUAUGUGGGAUUAUGUUGCACGUUGGUUUGAAGAAUGUUGUAGGAGGACACAGCAUGCCAGACUUCAGAGUGGGCCUGGAGAUGUUAACGACUCAUCUGAAUUACAGCUGACCAAUUUCUGCUUACUGGUGGAUUUUUUGUUGGAUAUAGUUUCUUUGGAGACUUAUAUUGAAAUCCAGACAGAACACUUGCCCCAGUUGCUGCUCAGGAUGAUAUCUGCUCUGACAAGCCACCUCCAGACAUUGCACUUGACUGAACUCACAGAUUCUCUCAGGCUUUGCUCAAAGAUCCUUAGCAAGGUUCAACCUCCUCUGUUAUCUGCCAGCACUGGAGGUGUGUUGCAGUUUCCAAAUGGGCAGAACAACUCAGUCAAGGAGUGGGAAGACAAAAAGGUAUUAUCAGUUUCUCUUGAAAAUCCUACUGAAGUGUUUGAAGAUGGAGAAAAUCCACCAAGUAGUCGCUCCUCAGAGAGUGGAUUCACUGAGUUCAUACAAUAUCAAGCAGACCGAACUGAUGACAUCGACAGAGAACUGAGUGAGGGACCGGAGGCAGUUGCCAUCCCAAUUGGCAGCACAUCAUCUGAAACAGAAACGGCCUCCACUGUGGGAUCUGAAGAAACUAUCAUCCAGCCCCCUUCCCUAGUCACUCAGGGGACAGCACCCCAAAGUGGGAAGACAGCGCAAAAAACUGCAAUGCAGUGCUGCUUGGAGUAUGUCCAACAGUUUCUCACCAGACUUAUCAACCUCUACAUCAUUCAGAGUAACUCUUUCUCUCAGGCUUUGGCUACAGAGCAUCAAGGGGAUCUUAGUCGAGAGCUAGGAGAGACUUCAGACUGGGACAGGGAUUCCCAUAGUGGUGUAAAAGAGAGAAACAUAAGUAAACAGAAAACUUCAAAAGAAUACCUUUCUGCCUUCCUUGCUGCCUGUCAGCUCUUCCUGGAGUGCUCAAGCUUCCCAGUUUACAUUGCUGAGGGGAACCAUACUUCAGAGUUAUGUUCUGAAAAAUCAGAGACUGACUGGGAGCACGUGCAGCCUCCACUGUGGCUCCAGACGCUGAUGACCGCUUGCCUCCAAGCAAGUGAUUGCAGUGUGCAGAGCGCUGCGAUUUCACUAGUGAUGGAUCUGGUAGGAUUGACUCAGUCGGUGGCCAUGGUCACUGGGGAAAACAUCAACAGUGUGGAGCCUGCACAACCCUUAAGUCCAAACCAGGGAAGAGUAGCUGUGGUUAUUAGACCUCCCCUCACUCCGGGCAAUCUGAGAUAUAUAGCUGAGAAGACUGAAUUUUUCAAGCAUGUAGCUUUAACAUUGUGGAACCAGAUGGGAGAUGGGACACCUCAGCACCACCAGAAGAGUGUGGAACUGUUUUAUCAAUUACAUAACUUGGUUCCUUCUUCUAGCAUCUGUGAGGAUGUUAUAAGUCAGCAGUUGACCCAUAAAGAUAAGAAAAUAAGGAUGGAAGCACAUGCAAAAUUUGCAGUUCUUUGGCAUCUAACGAGGGACCUCCAUAUAAAUAAGUCUUCAUCUUUUGCACGGUCUUUUGACAGGUCACUGUUCAUCAUGUUAGAUAGCCUUAACAGUCUCGAUGGUUCCACCAGCUCUGUGGGACAAGCCUGGCUGAACCAAGUCCUGCAAAGACAUGAUAUUGCAAGAGUUUUGGAACCACUGCUAUUGCUCUUGCUUCAUCCCAAAACUCAGAGGGUUUCAGUGCAGCGGGUACAAGCAGAACGUUAUUGGAAUAAGGCCCCCUGUUAUCCCGGAGAAGAGAAUGACAAGCAUUUCAUGCAAAACUUUUCCUGCAAUAAUGUAAGCCAAGUACAACUCAUUGCAUCGAAAGGAAAUGGUGAAAAGACGCUUACCAUGGAUGAAAUAGAGAACUUCAGUCUUACUGUUAAUCCAUUAAGUGACAGACUGUCCCUUCUAAGUACCAGCAGUGAGACAAUUCCAAUGGUUGUAUCUGAUUUUGAUCUUCCAGACCAACAGAUAGAAAUACUUCAGAGUUCUGACUCUGGAUGUUCUCAGUCCUCUGGUGGGGACAACUUGAGUUACGAAGUUGAUCCUGAAAACGUGAAUGCACAAGAGGAUUCCCAGAUGCCAAACGCAGGCUCCCCAGAUGAUGAUGUUCAGCAGGUAGUCUUUGACCUGAUAUGUAAAGUCGUAAGUGGCCUCGAAGCAGAAUCUGCGUCAGUGCCAUCUCAGUUAGAAAUUGAAGAUAUGCCGCCAAAGGACAACGAUGUAGAUCCAGGUGAGGAGAUGAUUAAAAGUGAAGACCAGUCCGCUCAGCAGAGUCAGACUGCUUUGCCGAGUAACGAAAAUUCUCAGUUUUUGUCUGUGUCUGCAGAGGAAGGCUGUGAGUGUGUGCCAAAUGGAAUCUCCAGAAAUAGCUCCUCACCUUGUAUUUCAGGAACCACACAGAUUCUCCAUGACUCUUCUAUUGCUGCUACAGAAACCAGAUCUAGACAGAGAAGUCACAGCAGUAUUCAGUUCAGCUUCAAAGAAAAAUUAUCAGAAAAAGUCUCAGAGAAAGAAACAAUUGUUAAGGAGUCAGGUAAACAACCAGGAGCAAAACCUAAAGUAAAACUUGCCAGAAAAAAGGAUGAUGACAAGAAAAAAACUUCAAAUGAAAAACUCAAACAAACCAGUGUUUUCUUUAGUGAUGGUCUGGAUUUAGAGAACUGGUAUAGCUGUGGAGAGGGAGAAAUUUCCGAAAUUGAGAGUGACAUGGGUUCUCCAGGUUCACGGAGAUCUCCCAAUUUCAACAUCCAUCCACUCUAUCAACAUGUCCUUUUGUAUCUGCAGUUGUAUGAUUCAUCAAGGACUCUGUAUGCUUUUUCUGCCAUCAAGGCCAUCUUGAAAACUAACCCCAUUGCUUUUGUAAACGCCAUUUCAACCACGAGUGUAAAUAAUGCAUAUACUCCUCAGCUGUCUCUGCUUCAGAACCUAUUGGCCAGACACCGGAUUUCUGUUAUGGGCAAAGAUUUUUAUAGUCACAUUCCUGUGGACUCGAAUCAUAAUUUCCGGAGUUCUAUGUACAUAGAAAUCCUUAUUUCCCUCUGCUUAUAUUAUAUGCGUAGCCAUUACCCAACUCAUGUCAAGGUCACGUCACAAGAUUUAAUAGGCAAUCGAAACAUGCAGAUGAUGAGCAUCGAAAUUUUGACACUCCUCUUUACUGAGCUGGCAAAAGUCAUAGAAAGCUCUGCGAAAGGUUUCCCUAGUUUUAUCUCUGAUAUGUUAUCUAAGUGCAAAGUUCAGAAAGUGAUUCUUCACUGUUUGCUGUCGUCUAUCUUUAGUGCACAGAAAUGGCACAGUGAAAAGAUGGCAGGUAAGAACAUGGUUGCUGUGGAAGAAGGUUUCUCAGAGGACAGCCUGAUCAAUUUCUCAGAAGAUGAAUUUGACAAUGGCAGCACACUCCAGUCACAGCUUCUUAAAGUGCUUCAGAGGCUCAUUGUUCUAGAACACAGGGUAAUGACUAUCCCUGAAGAGAAUGAAACAGGUUUUGAUUUUGUGGUAUCUGAUCUGGAACACAUCAAUCCCCAUCAGCCCAUGACUUCUCUUCAGUAUUUGCAUGCCCAGCCAAUCACAUCUCAAGGCAUGUUCCUCUGUGCGGUGAUACGAGCUUUACAUCAGCACUGUGCUUGUAAGAUGCACCCACAAUGGAUUGGUUUAAUCACAUCUACUCUGCCUUACAUGGGAAAAGUUCUACAGAGAGUGGUUGUUUCUGUGACACUACAGCUUUGCAGAAAUCUAGAUAACCUAAUUCAACAGUACAAAUAUGAAACAGGAUUAUCUGAUAGUAGAACUUGUGUUCAAAUGGAUACAUUUUAUUUCAGGCCUCUGUGGAUGGCAUCAAUUAUUCCACCAGAUAUGAUUCUUACCCUUUUGGAAGGGAUCACAGCCAUUAUCCACUACUGUUUGUUGGACCCCACUACCCAGUAUCACCAACUUUUGGUCAAUGUAGACCAGAAACACCUGUUCGAAGCCCGCAGUGGAAUCCUCUCGAUCCUUCACAUGAUCAUGUCCUCUGUGACACUGCUUUGGAGUGCACUGCAUCAGGCCGAUUCUUCGGAAAAGAUACCCAUUGCUGCAUCCGCCUCUGUUACCACUAUCAAUCUUGGAGCCACAAAGAACUUGAGACAGCAGAUCCUAGAAUUAUUGGGGCCCAUUUCAAUGAAUCAUGGUGUUCACUUUAUGGCUGCCAUCGCCUUUGUAUGGAAUGAAAGAAGACAGAACAAAACCACCACUAGGACCAAGGUUAUUCCUGCAGCCAGUGAAGAACAGCUUUUACUAGUAGAACUGGUUCGUUCAAUCAGUGUCAUGAGAGCAGAAACUGUCAUACAGACGGUGAAGGAAGUUUUAAAGCAGCCCCCAGCCAUAGCCAAGGACAAGAAACAUCUUUCUCUGGAAGUCUGCAUGCUUCAGUUUUUCUAUGCUUACAUUCAAAGAAUUCCAGUGCCCAAUUUAGUGGAUAGCUGGGCAUCAUUGUUGAUACUUCUGAAAGACUCCAUACAAUUGAGCCUUCCAGCCCCAGGGCAGUUUCUUAUACUUGGGGUUUUGAAUGAGUUUAUUAUGAAAAACCCUAGUUUGGAAAAUAAAAAAGACCAAAGAGACCUCCAGGAUGUGACUCAUAAAAUAGUGGAUGCGAUCGGUGCAAUCGCGGGUUCUUCUUUGGAACAGACAACAUGGCUGCGGCGAAAUCUUGAAGUUAAACCUUCUCCCAAAAUAAUGGUAGAUGGAACCAAUUUGGAAUCUGAUGUUGAAGAUAUGUUAUCACCUGCAAUGGAAACCUCAAACAUAACUCCUUCUGUAUAUAGUGUCCAUGCAUUGACAUUACUCUCUGAGGUUUUGGCUCAUCUUUUGGAUAUGGUUUUCUACAGUGAUGAAAAAGAACGGGUUAUUCCUUUACUUGUAAAUAUCAUGCAUUAUGUUGUGCCCUACCUCCGAAAUCACAGUGCACAUAAUGCCCCUAGUUAUCGAGCCUGUGUCCAGCUGCUUAGCAGCCUUAGUGGGUAUCAGUACACACGGAGAGCUUGGAAAAAAGAAGCCUUUGACCUCUUUAUGGAUCCCAGCUUCUUUCAGAUGGAUGCCUCUUGUGUUAAUCAUUGGAGAGCAAUUAUGGACAAUCUGAUGACACAUGAUAAGACGACAUUUAGAGAUUUGAUGACUCGUGUAGCUGUAGCUCAGAGCAGUUCACUUAAUCUCUUUGCAAACCGUGAUGUGGAGCUAGAGCAGAGAGCCAUGCUUCUGAAGAGAUUAGCAUUUGCUAUUUUUAGCAGUGAAAUUGACCAGUAUCAGAAAUAUCUUCCAGAUAUACAAGAGAGAUUGGUUGAGAGUCUCCGUUUGCCCCAGGUGCCAACUCUUCACUCUCAAGUGUUCCUGUUCUUCAGAGUGUUACUUUUAAGAAUGUCUCCACAACACCUUACCUCACUCUGGCCUACCAUGAUCACAGAACUUGUACAGGUAUUUUUACUGAUGGAGCAGGAACUCACUGCUGAUGAAGACAUUUCACGGACUUCAGGCCCCUCUGUGGCUGGUCUGGAGACAACCUACACAGGAGGUAAUGGCUUUUCUACUUCAUAUAACAGCCAGCGGUGGUUAAACCUCUAUCUUUCUGCUUGCAAAUUUUUGGAUCUGGCUCUGGCAUUGCCCUCCGAAAAUCUUCCUCAGUUUCAGAUGUACCGAUGGGCCUUUAUUCCAGAAGCCUCAGAUGAUUCCGGUUUGGAAGUGAGAAGGCAGGGCAUACAUCAACGAGAAUUUAAACCUUAUGUAGUACGACUUGCAAAGCUUCUUCGGAAAAGGGCAAAGGACGAGGAGGACUUUAAGACAGUGACAUUGGAGGGACUGGAGAUGGCCAAGCAUCAGAAAAACCCGGAGGAGGACAACUCAGGGAGAGCGCUGGGCUGGGAGCCGGGGCACUUGCUGCUCACCGUCUGCACGGUGCGCAGCCUUGAGCAGCUCCUGCCAUUCUUCAACGUGCUCAGCCAAGUCUUCAACAGCAAAGUCACCAGCCGAUGCGCAGGACACUCAGGGAGCCCCGUCCUCUACUCAAACACCUUCCCGAGCAAGGACAUGAAGCUGGAAAACCACAAACCAUUUUCCAGCAAAGCCAGGCAAAAAAUAGAAGAGAUGGUAGAAAAAGAUUUUCUGGAAGGGGUGAUAAAAACUUGAGCAACAUAGUGGUUCCAUUUAGUUUAAAUGUAAAUGUAAUUAUUUAAAACAAACAUUGCUCUGAGUUGUAUAGUUUCUUUUUGUUUUCUUUUUUUUUUUUUGUAUGUAACGAAACACGUUUCAGGUUGUAUUUAAUUUAAAUAUUUGUAAAUAAGAACGAAUGUCUGACUGUGGCCUGAAUCAAGCUUAAAUAUUACGGGCGCAUAUUGAUUAUGGUGCCUAAGAGAGAUCUAUAUAUACAUAAAUAGUCCAUUAUGGUCCAUUGUUUUACUGUCCUGAGUUGUCUUAAACCUGCCAAAUACACACUGCACAUUUUUUCUAUUGGUUUCAGGCUUUGUUUAAUUUAGAUUGGUUGGGGAUUUUUUUUCUUUACCUUAUUAACCCACAUUCUAGUAUCAGAAAGCCAUCACUUCUCUGUCAGAGGCUUGGUAAUGUAUUACAACUCGUUUCUCCCACAUACCUUCUCCCACAUACCUUCACUAAGAGGAGUAAUGAAUAAUUGAAGCCUGGGCCACACAUCCUUCCUUGUAAGUGUAGCACGAGCAUCUCAACCUCGGUACGGAGUACAGGUGUAUACAGCCUCCACAGUCACAACUCUAAAUUCCUGGUGAUGUUAACUGAAGAGAGGUAAGUCAUCUAAGAAUUGUUCUGGAGACUCUGCUAUGAAAAAAUUGGUUAUAUGAAGUCUUCUCCAACCUCCUCGCGUUUGUAUUAACAAUGGUGAGUAUUAGUACUGCAAAAUGACUGAGGUGACAAUGACGGAAAAGACAUCACAUGGAAUUGGUAAUAAAUAAAGUUUAAUUUUCUAGCAGCCUUCAUGAAUUUUUCCUUGCAUAUAUUAUAAAGUUAAUGACUGAAUCAUAUACUUAAGCUCCAAUAGUUUACAUUAGUGUGAUUGAUAUUAGGGGUAAAUUUCAGUUUUUAAAAAAACUAAAUUUUAACAAGUAUAAGGGCUUACCCAUUUCUAAAGAAUGAUUCUCGUAGUGUUUGUUUAAGAAAAAUAAUCAGAUCUAGAAAUAAUCCAGUAAGGUACAGACUAAACAUUUAUGAUUAUGUGUUUGAGCCUGUCACAGUAA